ACCACCAACCACCAACCACCAACCACCAACCACCAACCACCAACCACCAACCACCAACCAUCACCACAAGACAAUCCACAAUGUCCUCUACCGACCCAGUCAAGCAGGCUCCCCAAUCCCGCUCUACCUCGCAGACGGAUAACGCCGGUUUUCUCGCUGCUGCAUCCGUCGUUCCAGAUGGUGCCCGUAGCACUCACACGAAUGCGCCCUUGAUCCAGGUUCAGCCCGUGAGACACGGCGAGUUGCAACCCUCAUAUGCCCAGCACCUUGGAAUUCGCGACGACGACGCCGGAGACGGAAUUUACGGCGCCUUCAUCAACACUCUCGGCAACUGCAUCGGCUUGUUUGGAGCGAUCCCGUGCUGCAUCAUCUGCCCGAACCCGUACAAGCCCGUCUCCCAGGGCAAUGUUGGCCUAGUCACGAAGUUUGGCCGUUUCUACCGUGCCGUUGACCCCGGUCUCGUCAAGAUCAAUCCGCUCUCGGAGAAGUUGAUCCAGAUCGAUGUCAAGAUUCAGCUGUGCGAGGUGCCCCAGCAGGUGUGCAUGACCAAGGAUAAUGUCACGGUGCACCUGACGUCCGUCAUAUACUACCACAUCACCUCCCCACACAAGGCCGCUUUCGGAAUCUCCAAUGUGCGCCAGGCGCUGAUCGAGAGAACGCAAACGACUCUGCGCCAUGUCGUUGGAGCUCGCGUCCUCCAGGAUGUCAUCGAACGCCGUGAGGAGGUAGCCCAGAGCAUCCGCGAAAUAAUCGGCGACGUUGCCGAGGGCUGGGGUGUGGCGGUCGAGAGCAUGUUGAUCAAGGACAUCAUCUUCUCUCGGGAACUCCAGGACUCUCUGUCGAUGGCUGCGCAGAGCAAGCGUAUCGGAGAGAGCAAGAUAAUUGCCGCCCGCGCCGAAGUCGAGGCUGCCAAGCUGAUGCGUCAAGCUGCCGACAUCCUGAGCUCGGCACCUGCCAUGCAGAUUCGGCAGCUCGAGGCCUACCAGGCUAUGGCUAAGUCGGCCAACUCUAAGGUCAUCUUCGUGCCGACUUCGAGCACCAACUUCUCGGGCGAUGCGUUUGGGCAGAGCUCGUACAAGCCUGGCGGAGAGGGCUCGUCCAGAAACGAUUUCGAUGCCAGCUACAACAACGCAUUGAGCGCACACGUUGCAUCCGAGUUGUAGAUGCCCCGUUUACGUCGCUUUGCUUGUCGCCCGCGCUUAAAUGAUUUCCCUAUGGUUGCUGUCUUGUUUUCCGGCCGUGAUGCCUAUCGGUCUUUCUUUUUUCUGUUGUUCUGACCACAUUAUUCGUGGCAUUUCUUUAGUUAGGGGGCUCCACUAGGUGGCCAUAAUGUGCUCAUGUUUCAUCUGUCUAUUUCUUAGGGUCACCGGUUUCUGGUACAUACUUCUUCCUAUGGCGGUUUCUUACUUUUCUUUUUCUCCUCUUCCUUAUGACUGUAAUGGCUUUCACGUACGUGGUACUGAAUUGAAUCGAACUAUUGCUUCACGUGCAUACUGCUCCCCGCCGUAUUGAUCGUUGCUAAAGACGGUCAGUGGAUCGUAUCAGU